GGAAAUAAAAAUUCGAUUAAAAAAGGACCUGAAAUGCAACCAUUUCACUUGGAAACCUCGACCGAUACGUUACCCUCACCGAAACCAUCGAAAGAAUGGCCAUGGACUGACUGAACGCUAUAAUUAAUAUUCACAACCGACACGAAAGGAGAGAUUCACAGCGACCGGCAUGUCGACGCCAAGUUUCCUUUUGAGCAGCGGCAAAAAUAUGCCCAUGGUUGGUCUGGGCACCUGGCGUAGCCCGCCAGAAGUCGUUACACAGGCCGUAAAGGAUGCCAUUGACAUAGGAUACCGCCACUUUGACUGCGCCCACAUCUACGCGAACGAGGCACAUGUCGGAGUUGCUAUUCGAGAGAAGAUUCAGGAAGGCGUUGUGACUCGAGACGAACUCUUCAUCACUAGCAAGUUGUGGAACACUUUUCACAAGCCGGAGCUGGUGCGGGCGGCCUGCGAGACGAGCCUUCGUAAUCUGGGCAUCGACUAUCUGGAUCUGUAUCUCAUGCACUGGCCCAUGGCCUACAAGUCGGGCAACAAUCUCUAUCCCACGUGUCCCGACACCGGCAAGGCAGUCUUCGAGGACAUCGACUACAUAGACACUUGGAAGGCGAUGGAGGACCUCGUGGACAGCGGCCUCGUCCAUGCCAUCGGGGUAUCCAACUUCAACGAGAAGCAAAUCAAUCGUCUGCUGGGCCUGGCCAAGCUGAAGCCCGUGAUGCUCCAGAUCGAGUGUCACCCGUACCUGCGCCAAAAAUCGCUGAUAACGCUCUGCUACGACAACGCCAUUGGAGUGACUGCCUACAGUUCCCUGGGAUCGGGCCACACCCCGUACGAGAAGCCCGGCGGCUACCCGCUGCUGCAGCAUCCGAUCGUCGUGAGCGUUGCGGAAAAGUAUGGACGGACCCCAGCCCAGGUGCUGCUGCGCUACCAAACGCAAUCCGGCAUUAUCGUGAUACCGCGAUCUGUCAGCAAGCAGCACAUGCAGGACAACUUCAAGAGGAUCUGGGACUUUGAGCUGGCCAUAGACGACGUCAAGGCCAUAGAUGGUCUGGACUGCAAUGGUCGAUUCAUGACCAUGAAGGCCGCCUAUGGACACCCUCAUCACCCUUUUGAGCCAGGGCAGAAUUCUCAGGAAUAGGACGUUUCUUUAUGAGCAACGACAACUAGGAACAGCGGCAAGAGAAGUCGAUCCUAGAAAUGAUAUCAAAGCUGAUCACCCAAUUAGGAAAAUUUAUUUGGCAUUCAUUCGGCAUUAACCUGGACUCACAGGAACUGCUGUUGAACAUCUUUCACACCUUCUCAAUAUAUCUGUCGUUUAUCGUUCAGUUCGAAAACAUAAAAAGUUUAUUUAUUCGUCGAAAAGAGCAUCUCCUUAUCGUCCUUGAUCGAGAUAUGCCAGAUUUAGAGAUUUAACUAAAAAACUAUUGCAAAAUAACGUUAAAUAGUGGUUCAUCAUGAAGAUCGGCUCAGUCCCAGCGUCUGCACAUCAAGCUCAAGGUCACGGGACACAAUGAGACGGCACCCAAGCAAGUUUCGAUCCGCUAACCAAUCCCCAAAACCGCAUGACGCCUAAUAAAUCUCCGAUGGGACAACAAAUGGUUAAAUUUGUUUA